ACAGAGAGCAGACGACUUGACGAGUCAAAAUCAGUCCGAAUCACAGUUUGAAAUAUCAUUAAAUUUGGAAUUGUAAAAUUAGUUUCUUUAUAAAAAUGAUUGUCCCAAGCAUUGCCCAUUGCUUAAGAAAUCGAUGCUUAUCUUUUUCACUAAUGAAACCAAUGGCAUGCAUAGGUACACCAAGAUUAGUUUCUGUCAUUGGGACUCAUCGUUUUUCUACAAGCAUCAAUCAGCAGUUUGAUGAAGCUCAAAAAAGACUACAAACCUUGAAAGCCAGUCCAGGAAAUGAAGCCAAACUGAAAUUGUAUGGUUUAUUUAAACAAGCCACGGUCGGGAAAGUGAACACAAAAAGACCUGGAAUGACAGACUUUGUUGGGAAAGCCAAAUGGGAUGCUUGGAAUUCUUUGAAUUCCCUGUCUCAGGAGGAGGCUAAAGACAAAUACAUCGAAUUUGUUAAUAGUCUAGUUGGACCAGAGAAUUCAGCAGAAUCUAGUGCUGCACCGAAAUCAGCAGCAGCAGGGUUUGAAGUGUCAAUGGAUGGUAAGCUCAGAAUCAUCAGAAUCAACAAGCCAGAAAAGAAGAAUCCAUUUACGCUAAAAAUGUAUUUAGAUUUCGCCCAGCUCUUAAAAGAUGCCGCAGAAGAUCAGAAUACAACUCUUGUAGCUGUUACCGGAACUGGAGAUUAUUUUUCGAGCGGGAAUGAUUUGACUAAUUUUACCUCUUUCUCCGGCUCUGUUUCCGAAGCUGCUGAAGAAGGAAAACGCAACUUGAAAAUUUUUGUAAACUCUCUGGUUGACUUUCCCAAACCAAUCAUUGGAGUUGUGAAUGGACCUGCACUGGGUAUAGCUUGUACGAUUCUGGGACUGAUGGAUGCAGUAUAUGCCACUGAUCGAGGAUGGUUUCAAACUCCUUUCAGUGCACUGGGACAGUCGCCGGAAGCCUGCUCAUCUUACACUUUUCCCAAGCUCAUGGGAUCCUUAAAAGCCAACGAAAUGCUACUUUUUAACAAGAAAAUUACUGCCGUCGAAGCGUGCAAACUAGGUCUGGUCACUCAAGUCUUUCAAGAUGCCAACUUCCAAAGUGAGGUGUGGCCAAAAAUUAAGGAAUGGUCCGAACUACCCAUCAACUCGUUAGUUUACAGCAAGCAAUUGAGUCGCCAGUUUGACACUGAAAUAUUGCACAAAGUUAACGAUGCCGAAUGCGAACGUUUGCUGGAGCGUUGGCAAUCAGAGGACUGCAUGGAAGCCAUCAUGAAAUUCUUCAGUAAAAAUUCGAAAUGAAUCAAAUCCGUUUCUUAAUUCAGACAAAUGGUCUCUAAUGAAAGACGUCCUGGUAUAUGGGUAAAUGGUGGAAAGCUUUAAAACAAUAUAUAUGAAUUGGUUAGUAAAA